AUGCUUGCUGCCAUCAUCGACCUCAGCUGUCUCCUGAUGAAGCCAAGAUUGCUUCAAGUCUUUGAGCCCAAGAACGCCCGGGCCGUCAAGAGGUUUGGAUCCCUGCAUUGGAAUCUCUACUGGCAUGGAUCCUCCAAUCCAAUGCCCGUCUCGCAUCUGCCCAUCAUGGUUCACGCAACACACGGGGUCCCUGAGCUCAAUGCCAGUCUCAGUCACCAACAACCAACCUCCAAGACUCGAACAAGCAAGCAAACAAGCAACCAAGCAAGCGAUGCACCUGUCAAGGCCCGUCCCUCGCGUCCCUUCCCUUCCCUUCCCUUCCUCCCUCUCACAACCACCACCAUUACCACCACCACCCGGCGGCCCGUGUCUGUCAGUCAGCUCAAGAUGGACAACUUCCGUUCAUGA